AUGUGGCCUAGAUUGGCCAGAUACCUUGAGGAGAUUCGCGGAAUCGCAGAUGGCGCCGGUGUUGGGUUACUGGAUAUCGUCGCCCUCAACGUUCGGACCGAGAUCAAUUUCGGGCUCUUUACCAAGCAACCUUCAUUACCCGUCCAGAGCGACGGCUGUACCAGUCUAUCCGUCAAGACGUCAUCGGAUGGUUCGUGGCUGGCUCAAAACUGGGAUUGGAUGGUCGAGCAAAGCCCUAAUCUUAUUGCCUGCCACAUUACGCAAACCGAGCUUCCCAAGAUAUCCAUGAUCACGGAGGCCGGAAUCAUUGGCAAGAUUGGACUCAACAGCGCUGGGGUGGGUGUUUGCCUCAAUGCGAUCCGGGCGUAUGGUGUCGAUCACACGAAACUACCUAUCCACCUUGCACUGCGCACCGUCCUCGAGUCUAGCUCCAAGACUGAAGCAAUUGACAAACUGGUCAAAACGGGGGUUGCCGGCAGCGGCCACAUACUGGUAGCAGACCCUGCUGGCGGCGAAGGCCUCGAAUGCACAAGCAAGGGCAUCCUGAAGAUUCCGAUCGAUGAGAAGGGCCUUGUUGUCCACUCGAACCACUUACUACUGGAGCAUCCUGGCGUAGUGGAGCCACCUUGGCUUCAGGAUUCGCACAGAAGAGUGGUCCGGUUGAGAAAGCUCGCGGAACGGCGGGUUGAAAGCGGUAGUAAUGUCGACACGCCUCAGUUGUUCGACCUGUUCAAAGAUCAGGAGGGUUAUCCGGGAUCAAUCGAUCGCCACCAGGUGCAGGAUUGCAAGACGCAAACUCUGUUCAACAUCAUCAUAGACCUAUCUGAAAAGCGUGCGACGGUCAGGUUUGGACGUCCUACCGAGGAUAGAGAGCCUAUAGAGUUUGCAUUUUAG